AUGAAGACCUUUAUCCCUGAGGCUCUCCUCCUGCUGCUCCUGGCCAAUCUGGCCCUGACCAGGCAUCUAGAGGGUUCACACUCCAUGCGCCUUUUACACACUCUGCUCACCUGGCCUGGCCUCCUGGAGCCCCAUUUCAUCAUUGUGGCCUUUGUGGGUGACACGCAGUUUGAGAGAUUCAACAGCAGAGAGGAGCCUCUGAGGAUGAAGCACUGUGCACCAUGGGUGGAUCAGCAGAAGCCAGAGUACUGGGAGAAGAAGACAAAGAACUUCCUGAGUCUAAUGGACUAUUACGCUGACAUAAUGAAGAAAAUGCUUCACUUCUACAAUCAAAGUGAAAGUGGAAAUCAUACACUGCAGAUCCUGAUGGCCUGCGAUAUACUGCCUGGAGUGUACUUCAGUCGUGGACAAUAUGAAUUCAUCUUGGAUGGCCAUGAUUACCUUGUGCUGAAUGAGGACCUGAGAACUUGGACUGCAGUCGGCAAGGCAGCUGAAAUGCAGAGGCAAGAGUGGGAGGAGUCAGGUUUUGCAAACUCUCUGAAAACUUCCUUGGAGACUAGUUGUGUGCCUUUGCUUUUCGAUCAGCUGGACUAUGGGAAAGAGAUUUUGCUGAGAACAGAUACUCCUAAAAUGCAUGUGAUCCGUAAGGUCAGAGCUGAUGGAAAUAUCACUCUAGGGUGCUGGGCCCUGGACUUCUACCCUGCUGAAAUCACCCUAACCUGGCAGAGAGAUGGGAGCAACCAGAAUCUGGAUAUGGAGGUGAUAGAGACCAGGCCUGCAGGAGAUGGAAACUUCCAGAAGUGGGCAGCUGUGGUGGUGCCUUCUGGGGAGGAGCAGAGAUACACAUGUCAUGUGAAUCAUGAGGGCCUGCCUGAGCCCAUUACUCUGAGAUGGGAGCCUCCUCAGCCCUCUGUCCCCAUCAUGCCAAUUGUUACUGGCCUGCUUCUUGGAGCUGUGCUUAUGGGAGCCGUGGUGACUUUUCUGAUAUGGAAGAGGAGGACUAAAGGGUAAGACAGCUGGACUGAGACUAACCGGAUUUAUUCUGUUUUCUCUUUUCCCACUGUGGCUUCAAGACCUGAUGACUUCUCUUCCUGCAUCUGACUGUGACUAUGUGUCUGUCUCCUGAGAGCACAGUGUGAACAGGUGAUGAGUUCA